UCUUUCUUGUUGAUCCUGAGAAAACAACACGAAUCGUCUGGUUUCUAUAUUUUUAGUGCUGGUAUUACUGAUGCAUUGCGUGUGGACGUCAGUUUGUGAAAAUGUUCCUUAUAGGUUGAGCUGUGUGUUGAUUUGGUAGUGGAAAAGGUUGGCUAGGUUCCAGCUCUCCUCUGGCUGGUAUUAGUUGCGCACAUAUACACUGAGCCUGCCGGUUUGGAGAUGCCAAAGCGCCUCCUGACUGUUACGCACUUAAAUACAAAGCAAAGGGAUCCUGUAGCAAAAUCUGGGACUAUCGAUUGAUCUCCAGUUUAGAGCGAAUCCAAGGAACCUUUCACUCUCAUUUGGUGUUCUUUGGAUCAGAGACUGUUGGAUGCCUUGGUGAUGGGAUGUGGGAGAGGAGCCGAGGAAAGCUUCCCUUCGUUUGGAAAGCAAGACAUACCGUUUGAUUAUCGCAGUGAGUAAGUUUCGAUUUGAGUGCAAGCAAAUCUGGAAAUAAAAAAAAAACGAGGACUAGAAGGAAUACUCCAAAAAAUAAAAAGAGAAGAGAACACAGUGGACAUUUACACUAACGGGGUUAAUAAUACAGGCACUUCGGGAUCUUUCAUUGCUCUUUCUCAAACGUUAUCUGCGGGAGUACACAUUUGGAUUUCAGAAGGCAACAUUUUUGGGGGGAAAACAAGCAAAGAAACAACUAAGACUCUUUUUGGUCUGGUUGCAAUGGGGAUCCAGAUUUUAUAAGCAUCAGCGGUCAAAUGAAAAUCUUUGCUUGUGUUUUAUUCUAAAUCUUGUAUUAAUGAAAUGGAAAAUCGUGGACUCUACGGCGUCCUGUAUUACCUGAUGCUGAAUGCGCCGCUGUUAUUAUAUGUACAUGCGACAUUUACUGAAGUCCCCAAAGAUGUGACUGUCCGAGAGGGAGAUGAUAUUGAGAUGCCUUGUGCUUUCCGGGCCAGCGGAUCCACAUCCUUCUCCUUGGAAAUCCAGUGGUGGUAUCUUAAGGAACCCGCAGCGAGGGAACUGGCACACGAACUGGCAAUUAGCGCCCCCGCAAGCAGAGCCAAGGUCACUCCAAGAGACGGCACCAAAAUAAGUACUGUAAGAGUACAAGGCAAUGAUAUCUCACACCGCCUCCGACUCUCCAAUGUCAGAAAGCUGGAUGAGGGGGUCUAUGAGUGCAGGGUGUCUGACUACAACGGCGACGAGACUCGGGAACACAAAGCCCAGGCCGCGUUGCGGGUCACAUCCCGCUUCCCCCCUGAUAUGCAGGCUGCAGAGGCCGUGUCCCACAUCCAGAGCAGCGGGCCCCUCAGGAACAAUCCUGCUGGGAGAGCCACCUCCGAGCCAGGCCAGGACAAACGCCGUGUUCCACUUGCUGCAGGAGCUGUCCCGGUCUCUGUCUGUACAACUGCAGUUGCUGAUACCGCCUCGUCCCCAGCUUCAUCCCAGCCUGGCAAUGCAGCCAUCCUCCGACAGCAGCACGGAGCCGGUUCCGGAACUACUUCCACCACUACAUCCCCCCUUCUGUAUAUUUCUCUGCUGAUCUUGCAUAGGCUUAUUCCCUUACUGGUGAACCACUGAUAGACUUCGACAAGCAACCUACAAUACCACAAUCUUCGAUCAAUGUUUUCACUUGUACCAAAACGAAAAGGUAAAUAUACCUGUGUGGCAUACCCUGGGUUAAUAAGAAAGAAAAAACAAACCGGGAUUCACAGAAGAAUGACUGUCUUAAAGAUGGAUGUAAACAGACUAAGAAGCAUGAAAAAAAAGUUAAUUAAUUAAUUUAAAAGAAUUUACGUGAAAUCAAGCUUCACAUUGUGUGGAAUCUAGUGUUGCACACAACCGACAUCCACAAAAUGAUGCAUCAAGUUUCCAAAUACUAGAGUGUCAAGCCCUGCUGUGUGCAUGGCAUCUAUGGUUUAUAUUAUUGUAAGUAACAUGGUUUUCCUUUGCAAAAUGGGGUCCUUCUGCUUUACGUUUUUGCACGAACUGUUGAACAGUUAGCCAUUCUUUUACAUGUCAAAAGUCAGGGCUGAAAUCUCUGUUACGGAGGACAAUAUUUAUGUAGCUCAGUGUGUUUUAUUU